GCACCAUAGUGUCACGUGACAGAGUCAAACAUGGCGUCCUCUCGGAGAAGGCUGGUGUGUUUACGCUCCGGGAUCUGGACUCUGUUAUUUUACUGUGUUUACUCUCAUCUAAAGCUCGUUCUGGCGGAGGAGGUGGACAGCUGCGACAACCUGAGACUCGGACAGUAUCUCUGCAGAGAUCCAAAGAUAGAUGAAGCCACUCAGGAGCCCGAGAACUGCCGGGACAUGACGGCCUCGGUGGAGUGCCUCCCAGCUCCGAACAUCAGCUGUCGGUUGUCUAACGGGACGGAGUUCAGGUUCAGCGGAGAGGAGGUGGGCUUCAACAAAACCAUCCCCUGCAGGAAUGUGAGCGGUUAUUCUUACAAAGUAGCUGUGGCUUUAUCUCUGUUUCUGGGCUGGCUGGGAGCUGACCGCUUCUACCUGGGAUACCCUGCUCUAGGGCUGCUGAAGUUCUGCACUGUUGGUUUCUGUGGAAUCGGCACUCUGAUCGACUUCAUACUGAUCGCCAUGCAGAUCGUGGGUCCAGCAGACGGAUCAAACUACAUCGUUGAUUAUUACGGCGCCCGGCUGACCCGCCUGUCCAUCACCAACCAGACCUACAGGAAGCCACACCUGUCUCUGUGAACACACCUGAACACACUGACAGGAACACUGUCCGUCAUGUAAAUACAGAGAAAGAGAAGACUGUGCACAACGGAGGACACACCGGCUGCGAACAAAUGAACAGUUUAAAAAUAAAAGUGGCGUUAUUUCCGAUUUGCAUCGACCCAACUGACCAGAGGGCGUUUAAAGGGUUAUUCAUGUUUUCAGCCUGUUAGCCUUCACAUUCCUGCGGAUUGUUUUCAGACUCGUCCAUCAAAUUUUAAAUGAUCUCUACUGAUCGGCUGCUUGUUUCUGUUCAUCUCUGUAAAAACUACCUGCUGUAUAGUUUUAGUUUUCCCACCUCUCCUGCUCAGAGUACUUUGAGUCACUUCAGGUCACGUCAGUCCACAGCCGUCAGUUUUCUGUUUUUGUUUUAUUUAUUAUGAUUUUGUUGUAAUAUAUUGUGAUGUUUUGCUGCUGUUUUGUCUUGUUAUGAUGCUUUUACAUUAAAACAGACUUUAUUAAAUAAAGUUUCUUCUGGUGUUAA